GGACAGAGGUUCAUUUCUUACAUUUGUGUCUACAUUCAUGACUUUCAUGAGCAUCGGUGGAUUCCCUUCCUUUGUAGAAGACAUGAAGGUAUUUGAACGAGAAAGGCUAAAUGGGCAUUAUGGUGUGUGCGCCUUUGUAAUUGGAAACACAUUAUCCGGCAUCCCAUUCGUAUUACUAGUUUCAUUGAUUCCGGGAACAAUUGCAUAUUACCUAGCUGGCCUUCAAAAUGGAUGCAAGCAAGUUGUUUACUUCUUGAGCGUGUUGUUAUCUUGUGUUAUGUUAGUGGAAAGCCUCAUGAUGAUAAUUGCUGCCAUAGUCCCAAACUACCUAUUGGGAAUCAUGACAGGUUCUGCAAUCCAAGGACUCAUGAUUCUGCUUGCUGGCUUCUUUAAAUUGCCCAGUGACAUUCCUAGGCCACUUUGGAAAUACCCUUUGCACUACAUGGCUUUCCAUCGAUAUGCCUUUCAAGGAUUGUUCAAGAACGAAUUUCAAGGCCUAAAGUUUGCUACCAAAAACAACAAUAUUAUUGUUACUGGUGAGGAGAUUCUGAGGGACACAUUUGAAGUGGACAACAGUUACUCAAAGUGGCUUGAUCUAUUAGUGUUGGUGGGGAUGCUUGUUUUGUAUCGAGUUCUAUUUUUGGUUAUCAUUAAGGGUACGGAGAAGGUUAAGCCUUUUGUUGCAUCCUUCAAACUGGUGUCUCCCAAGAAAACAAUACAUGUCAUGGAAAAUCCAAAUGCCACCCCUCCUACUCAUGGACACUACCUUGUAUAAGUAUAAUCAUAUAUAUAUGAAGACGAUCAUUUAAAAUUAAACUACUGGUUAGCGUUUUUGAAACCCUUUUAAAUUUUUAAUGUGAAUUAUUUAAAACUUACAUACUCACUAAUAAUAUUUCUCAUAUAUGAAUCCAAGUUUUUGUAAAUUCUGUGGUUUAUGAAUCCGAACCUCGAUCAGCCCCUAUAUCUUUUGAUGAAUGGCAUGCAGAGU